AUGCAUAAUUACCAUUUAGAUAGAGGUCCACCCAGGUGUGCUCUAAAGGUGGACAUCCAGAAAGCUUAUGACACAGAUGAUCGCCUGGAUUAUGAAAUGUGUAUCACUCCUUCUUUAUCCAUUAGUCUUAAUGGUGAUCUCCAUGGGUUUUUUAAUGGAAGACGAGGAAUUCGUCAAGGUGAUCCACUUUCUCCUUAUCUUUUUACUUUGGUUAUGGAGAUUUUGACGCUUAUCCUCCAACGUAAAGUUCGGGACUCUCAAGAAUUCUCUUUUCAUCACCAAUGUCUUGAACAUGAGGUUAUUAAUUUAUGCUUUGCCGAUGACCUUUUUAUUUUUAUGAGGGGUGAUGUUGAAUCUGCACGAGUUGUAAUGGAUGCAUUGGAAGAAUUUAAGCAUGUAUCUGGCUUAGCACCUAGCUUGCCAAAAAGUAUUGCCUACUUCUGUAAUGUUUUAAAUCAUGUGAAGCUUGGCAUCCUUAAUGUACUGCCGUUUGAAGAAGGUACACUUCCAGUUAAAUACCUUGGUGUACCUCUCAUUUCCUCUAGACUUAUGAUUCGGGAUUGUAAAAUUCUAUUAUUAGAGGGUUCUUAUGGUGUCAAGGAGAAAUGCAAAAAGGAAAAGCGAAGGUUGCAUGGGAGGAAUCAUUGUGGGUUAAAUGGAUUCAUACUCAUCGGUUGCGAGCAAAAAGUUUUUGGGAAGUUUCCUCUCAAGAUUGGAAAUGGGAAGAUUGCUUCGUUAUGGUAUGACAAUUGGAGCACAUGUGGUGCUUUAAAGGAACAUGUUACCCCACGCAUGAUCACAAGUGCAGGGUUUCAGCUUUCUUAUAAAGUAUGUGAUGCGGUCGAUAACAACUCAUGGAGAUGGCCAAGUUCAUGGCCUCAGAUGCUUCAGAAUUUCUGUCAAGGUGACAAGGUUUCACUUAGUCUGGUUUGGUUGGCUGCAAGCAGUAAAGCGGGGCUUUCUAAUACUAAUGGAGUUUGGGAAGAUAUUAUUAAUGAAAUGCUUCCGUGUGCAAAGAGAAUUUCCAUGCAAAAUGUGGCUGCAAAACUUCUAUUGGCUGCAUCAUUUUACUUUCUAUGGCAAAAGAGGAACUCGCGACUGUUCAAGAAUAAGAAACGCUUGGUGGACAAAAUAGUCGAUUUGAUUAUAUCAACGGUUCGACUCAAACUGUUAACUUGUAGAUACAAGAAGACGCGACGAGUUGAGCAGUUUCUGACAUCAUGGGAUCUUCCCGUCUCAUUAGUUACUAAUGUGUAA